AUGGAGAAGAGGCAGAAGGUGGAAGAAGGUGACCAUGGCCAUAGCCAUGGCUAUAGCAACAGUCAUCCUCGUAGCCGCUUGCCCGUCACGGUGCUCACUGGCUAUUUGGGUGCUGGCAAAACAACGUUGUUGAAUUAUAUCCUGAAAGAGCAGCAAGACAAGAAGCUGGCAGUCAUCGAAAAUGAGAUUGGUGAGGUUAGCAUCGAUGACGCUUUGGUGGAACAGAAACACGAAGACAUGGCGGAAGAGCUGGUUUUGUUGAACAACGGCUGCAUUUGUUGCACAGUUCGAGGUGAUUUGAUCAAAACCCUACACAACAUUGGCAGGAAAUACACCAGUGGCCAGUUGAAACUGGAUGGUGUGUUGAUUGAACUCACAGGUAUGGCCGACCCUGCCCCUGUGGUGCAGACCUUCAUCGUGGAUCGCCAGGUGCAAUCGACCUUUAUGGUGGACAAUGUGGUGGCACUGGUGGAUGCCAAGCAUGGUCUCGAAAAGUUGGAUGAGAGCAGAGGUGACCCCGAGAAGGGCACCGCUUGUGCUCAGAUCGCCUUCUCCAGUACGGUGCUGUUGAACAAGAUCGACCUGGUGGAUGAGACGCAGCUGGACAAGGUGACACGGCGAAUCAAGGAGCUGAAUGGUGCAGUGGAGAUCAUCCCCUGUCAGCAGUCCAGGGCACCCAUGAAUCGCCUCUUCAAUGUGGGAUGCUUUAAUUUGGAUAAGGUCUUGGAGGAGCAGUACAUGGAUGAAGCGGAGUUUAUGCAGCAUUAUCGUCCCAAAAUGGACAAGUCUGUCUCCAACGUGGGGGUCCGGUGUGAGGGUCAGGUCAUGAUGUUUGCCUUCCAACAGUUCUUGGACCGGUAUUUGGACGAAGAGGAGACAGCCAAAGACUUCUUGCGAGUAAAGGCAGUUUUGAAUAUUGCUGGCAGCGAUCGGAAGUUUGUGCUCCAAUGCGUGCACAUGCUUCGGAACCAGGGCUUUACCGAGCCUUGGGGGCCUCAAGAAAAACGCGAGAACCGCAUCAUUUUCAUCGGUCGUGGGAUGCAGCCGCGGCGACGAGAGUUGACAGAAGGCUUCCAAUCCUGCCUGAUGACCAAGCCGUUGCGCUUCGCUGUGGGUACCAAGAUCAAGGCCAAAACUGGAGAAGGGCCCAAUGGCUGGGAGCGAGGUGUGGUGGUGCGCCAGUGGGACGAGUGCAACGCCUACCGCUUGAAGAUGCAGGGUGGCGAUGAAGUGCAUGCACCAAUGGAUUUGGACUGCUUUGUGACCAAGGCAUAG